AUGGAUAUCUCCUAUAUACAAGCAUAUGUGCAAAAUUUAGAGGACCGCAAGCGCCAGAGGAGGACAGAUUGUGAUCGUGACGGGGGCCACGGUAAGAGGUCCAGAUCUUUUGAUAUUAGGGGCCAGGGUUCUAGAGCAUCAGACUCUCAGUACAGACCAGAGUCAGGCCAAAUGAGACCCUCUUUGCCGCGAUAUGCCCAGUGUGGCAAGUUACACGCCGGUCAGUGUAGACUGGGAUCAGAUGGUAGUUAUGCUUGUGGCCAGCUAGGCCACAGGGUGAGCGAGUGCCCAAUGAGGAUUGGUACAGGUAUGGUUGAGCCUACAGGGUCUGUGGCUGGCUCUUCUUCCAUAGUGCGCGCUUCAGGAAAAGUUUUUCAACCGCCAGCAGGGCGAGGUAGAGAGAGGAAUGGAGCAUCUAGCUCGAGCGGUCCUCAGCUCCGCGUAUAUGCAUUGGCUGGUUCCACUUUAUCGUAUGUUACACCAUAG